GUCCCAGCUGUCAAAACUUGUGUGUUGUUGAUUAUAGAAAACAAUUUUUAAUUAUUUUAUUAAUGUUAAAAAAUAAAAUUUUAUAAAAAGAAAAAUACUUUUUACUAUAGUAUUUUUAACAGAGAAUUUUUAAAUUGAUUGACAAUAAUGGACUUGGCCAAAUCAUUGUUCAAUGUUAGAGAUCAUGAAGGUUACGUUGGAAAAGAAGAUCACAACAAAAAACUUGAAACACUCGGAUCUGAAGAUGAAUGUGAUGCAGAUUUCAAUGACUCAAGUGAAGAUCUUUUAUCUCCAGUACCAGGAGGUCCAUUUUCUGCUCUAACACCGUCCAUGUGGCCUCAAGAUAUAUUAGCAAAGCUCAGUCAACCUGAUGAUCCAAAUUCUCAGCCUGAUUACAGGUUCGACGAGUUUGGAUUUCGUGUAGAAGAAGAAGAUGGUCCAGAACAGAGUUCUAAAAAACUUUUAGGUGUACCAUUUGUUGAAGAUCCACAACACAGACAACAAUGGUUGACAUUAAUGGAAUUUAAUCGUACACAAGAAAUAUCAGAUACUCUAUGGCAUCGUACAGAUCAACGUUUACCCAGAACAGAUAAACUUCGAGAAAUGGUAAGACGUGGUGUUCCACAUUCACUUCGUCCAAGAAUUUGGAUGCGAAUAUCAGGAGCUUUACAUAAAAAAAUAUCCUCAGAUAUAACUUACAAAGAUAUUGUCAAGGCAUCAAGUAGUGAUGCAUUAAUGACUAGUAAACAAAUUGAAAAAGAUUUAUUGAGAACUAUGCCAGCGAAUGCCUGUUUUAGUAAUUUACAUAGUACAGGAAUACCAAGACUGAGACGUGUAAUGCGAGGAUUGGCUUGGUUAUAUCCAGACAUCGGGUAUUGUCAAGGUACAGGAACGAUGGCAGCUUCUUUGUUACUGCUAUUAGAAGAAGAAGAUGCUUUUUGGAUGAUGGCUACUAUUGUUGAAGAUUUAUUACCAGCUUCUUAUUAUUCAUCGACAUUACUGGGUGUUCAAGCCGAUCAAAAAGUUCUAAGGACACUUAUAGCUAAUUAUUUACCUGAUAUUGACAAUGUUUUAGUUCAACAUGACAUAGAAUUAAGCUUAAUUUCUCUUCAUUGGUUUCUUACACUUUUUGCAUCUGUUGUACACAUGAAAAUUUUACUCAGAAUAUGGGACUUAUUUUUAUUUGACGGCUCAAUAGUUUUAUUCCAGGUGACAUUUGGUAUGUUAAAAAUUCGUGAGUCAGAAUUAAAAUUACUUGAAAAUUCAGCUCAAAUAUUCAACGCACUCUCUGAUAUACCUGGAGAUAUUGAUGAUGUAGAUCAAUUAUUUGAAGUUGCAUUGGAAGUCAGUGGAUCGUUAACAGAUGUACUUAUUGAGACACAUAGACGACGACAUUUAGCGUAUUUAAUGGCUGAUCAAGGUGGUUUAGUUGGAAAUCCUGAUGCAGUACCAAAUUUACCAAAACAACAUCUCAAUAAACGUCAAAUGAAACGUAAUAAAUCAGCAUUACAAGCUUUUUUAUUUGGUAAUGAUGACAAUGAAGAGGAUGCUAAAUCAAAAAAUAUAAGACAAACAGAAAUUCUUGUUGAUUUGAGAGAAACCAUUCUCCAAUUAGCAAGACAUUUUAUUAAUGUUGAUCCUAAAUUAAAUAAUGUAUCAUUAAUUGCUGAUUAUACGAUGGAUAGUCAUGCGAGAGAUCAUGAUAAUUACGUUAAUGUAUCGCGUACACGUAAUAGACGAGCAAAAGCGUUAUUGGAUUUUGAAAGACAUGAUGAUGAUGAAUUGGGAUUUCGCAAGAAUGAUAUUAUAACAAUAAUUAGUCAGAAAGAUGAGCAUUGUUGGGUAGGUGAGUUAAAUGGACUACGAGGUUGGUUCCCGGCUAAAUUUGUUGAAUUACUUGAUGAAAGAAGCAAACAGUAUACAUGUGCUGGUGAUGAUGCUGUCAGUGAAGCAGUUACUGAUCUCGUAAGAGGUAGUCUAUGUCCGGCUAUUAAAGCUUUUCUCGAACAUGGAAUGCGCCGGCCAUCUUUUCUUGGUGGUUCUUGUCAUCCUUGGUUAUUUAUUGAAGAAGCUUCAACACGAGAAGUCGAAAAAGAUUUCAAUUCUGUUUACAGUAGGCUUGUUCUUUGUAAAACAUAUAGGCUUGAUGAGGAUGGUAAAGUUCUCACACCUGAAGAGUUACUUUAUCGUUGCGUUCAAGCUGUUAAUUUAACGCAUGAUAAUGCUCAUGCACAAAUGGAUGUUAAAUUGCGCUCUCUAAUUUGUUUGGGAUUAAAUGAACAAGUUUUGCAUUUAUGGCUUGAAGUUUUAUGUUCUUGUGUUGAGGUUGUACAAAAAUGGUAUCAACCAUCAAGUUUUAUGAACAGUCCAGGAUGGGUCCAAAUAAAAUGUGAAUUAAGAAUUCUCAGUCAAUUUGCAUUUAAUUUAAAUCCCGAUUGGGAACUACCCCGAAAAAAAGAACAAUCACAACCACUAAAAGAUGGUGUCCGAGAUAUGCUUGUUAAACAUCAUCUUUUUAGUUGGGAUCUGUGAGUUAUUAUAAUGAAUUAAUUAUUUAAUUAAUUCAUUAUUUUUUUUAUCUAAAGUUUAAGAAAUUUUUUAAUUUAUUUAAAUCCUAUAUUAUUUAUUAUUCGUAAUUAUUAUAUUAUUUUAAAUCUAUAAUUAUAAACAAAAAGAACGAAGAAUUAUGAAAAGUAUUUAUUGAAUAAAUCAAAUAGAUAUUUGAGUACCUGCAACAGCACACGUAUCCAUAAUAACGAUAAUAAUAUAAUCCAAAAUGGAUUUGUUAAUUAAUAUUCUUUAUUUAAUAAACCAAAGAUAGAACAGAUAAUUUUAUCGGAUAAAUAUUUUAUUAGAUACUUUUAUCCGUCCUUUUAUUACAUUUCUCCAUAGUAAAUAUUAAUAAUUUAUGUAACCAGAAGUGCACUCCCCAUGAGUUAAACACGGCGAAUAAAAUUGAUUGGAUUGUUUUGGUGAAAAAAAUAUUAAAAAUUUAAUUCUAUUAUUGGCAAAGCACGUGAACGAAAAUGGGGUCAAAUUUAUUAAAAAUGGUGGCCUACAGAAUUUUUUCAUGCAUUCUAAUAGACUGAAAACAUCAAACGAUCAAAUUAAAUUUCUUUUAAAUUACUUAAGGGAUCAUUCUGGUUUAGGCAGUAAAAAAAAAAAUGUUAUCUUCAUUAAUUUGUUUGGAAAGAAAUUGUUAUAAAAAUUCAUCAAAAGUUUAUUUAGGUUGACUAAUCUGUAUUAUUAAGAGAAUAAGGAAAAUUUUGUUUCAGUUACAUCUGAUAAAAUAAGUUAAUGUUAUUAAAUUUGGUAUCGUUACAAAGAUCUUGACUAGGAUUUGUUCCUUUUCAUGGUUCAAACUCUUUUUUAUUGUCAAGUAUUGAGACAAAUUUAUCUAUAUCAUUCGAAUUACGUUUAAAUUACGCGGGAAAAAAGACGGUCGUAUUUUUUUUUUAAAUAAAUUAAUAUUUUAGUUAUUCUGUCACUGAAUAUCACUGGAUAUAUAUAACUAUUACACAUAUAAUUAAGAGAAAAUAAGAAAAAUUAAGUCUAAGCAAUUUCUUCUAUGAUAAUAAAAAUUAAACAGACUUAAUUAGGUAUCAGUGAAAAGAAAUAUAUUAGAUGACUCAUAAAAAAAAAUUGACCGGGUGUAGAUUUUUUUUCAAGAUUCCCAUGAUUAUACAAUCAUCGAAAUCAAUAAGUUUGCGAGUUAAUGAUCAGAUUUGUCUCAUUAAAUUUUAAUGAUAAUAAAAAUAAAUAAAAGUUUCUAGAGUUAAUUAUAAAGUAUAGAUUUUAAUAAACAUUUAAAUUCAAAUCAUAGAUUACAAUUUUUGUAGUAAUACUCUGGCAGUCAUGCGUGACUGCUGGUUGCUUGUACAUGUUUAAAGUACAUAGAAAUUUAUCUGUAUUCUAUUUUUUCACUCUUCUAAUACCUUAAAAUGGUGGGUGAAGGUAACUCCGAAAAAAAAUUAGUGUGCUGGCGGCGGUGAUAUUUCGAUAAUGGCUCAUCUAAAAUGAAAAAAUAAAAAUUAUUUACAUUCAGUAGACGUAUAGCUCUCGUCUGAACUACGGUCAAAUUAAAAUUUUGAUUUUAACUAUUUUGGCCCAAAACCAAUAAAAGAAAUUUUCUCUGUCCUUAAAGAGUGUCUUAGUCAUUGUAAAUAAACUUUUAUAAAUAUUUAAAACAAUUUCUUUCUAAACAAAUUAAUGAAAAUAGCCUUUUUUUGACCGCCUAAACCAGAAUAAUCCCUGAAGAUUUAUUUUCCUUAAAUAUAUGAAUAAAUGUAAUUACUAUUGAACUACAUGUUUUAAUUUGAGUAUUCACGUUAUUUUAUCAAUUUAUUUUAGUGAUAAUUUAAUGAAAAUACAAAAUUGCUCAUUAUAAAAGUAAAUUUAUAAAAGCAUACGCAUGACGAGGCGUUUUGGUGUACAAUAAUGAUGUUAUUAAAAGUAUAUAAAUAACAAAAAAAUUAGACUAUACAUUUAAAAACCUAUUAAUUACAAAUUAAAUGUUGAAUAUAUUCAGAAUUUUUAUCAUAUUAAAUAAAAUGUAUUACUGUGUAAAAAAAAUCAGUGUAUAUAAUAAUAUAUU